ACAUAGUCCAUACGUGUACCUGGCGGCCUUGGUAGACUACAUGAUGUUGCAUGUUGCUGCAGUGGACAGAGCGGAGGUGACAUCAUGCGUCUCCAACGCUGAAAUCCAGCGCGCAUUGCCCCACAAUGGAGAGAAAAUGACAGUUUGAGGACAGCGGCCAUUAGCCCCACAGCAGCAGACCUUACACAUUACCAUCCAUACAGUGAUGAAGUUGGAUAAUUGCCACUAAUUCCGGCGGUGGCUUGACAGCGUCGCCGAUCCUGCGUUGUUCCUACAAGAAGGCAGCCUGCGUAUUUACUCUGCCAAUUUAUGAUGGUGUCGCUGCUGGACUGCAUAAACAGUGGAAAAAUGGCCCAUAACAUCCGCCACACAGCACCUCUUACGUAAUAUGCAUGUGCGCAAUCACCCAAAGUCAAAACAAUGGGAUGCAUCAGAGCUUAUCUGCAGAGAAUAAGACACAGGAUGAGGCUGGACCGGCUCAGGGAGCUGGGCCGCCAGUACCCGGUCUUCUGCUUCCUGCUGCUGGUCCUGCUGCUGUCCACCCUGCUGCUGAACAGAUAUAUCCACAUUAUAAUGGUGUUUUGGUCCUUCCUGGCUGGAGUCGUCACUUUCUACUGCUCUUUGGGGCCAGAGUCUCUGCUGCCCAACAUCUUAGUCUCCAUCAAGCCAAAGAUCAAGUCUUACCAACAGGAGCUGUUUCCUCUGGGCCACAGUUGUGCCGUCUGUGGAAAAAUCAAGUGCAAAAGGCAUCGACCAACUUUAUUACUGGAAAAUUAUCAGCCUUGGCUUGACCUGAAAGUUCCCUCUAAAGUGGAUGCCUCUCUGUCAGAGAUUCUGGAACUGGUUUUGGAAAACUUUGUGUAUCCUUGGUAUAGGGACAUCACUGAUGAUGAAGCAUUUGUUGACGAGCUGAGGGUGACUCUGCGUUUCUUUGCGGCUGUGUUGGUUCGUCGAACACAAAAGGUGGAUGUGGCAUCCCUCAUCACGCAAAAGCUGCUUAAAGUUUCCAUGAAGCACAUUGAAAUAAUAAGCAAAGCAAGACAGAGAGUGAAAAAUGCAGAGUUCCUGCAGCAAGCUGCCCUGGAGGAGUACGGUCCUGAUCUCCAUGUAGCUCUUCGCAGUCGCAGAGACGAGCUUCUCUACCUCAGGAAGCUGACUGAGAUGCUCUUCCCCUACAUCUUGCCGCCCAAGGCUUCAGACUGCAGAUCUCUUACUCUCCUGAUAAGAGAAGUCUUGGCUGGUUCUGUCUUCCUUCCUUCCAUGGACUACUUGGCUGAUCCUGACACCGUGAAUCAUCUGAUUUUGAUAUUUAUCGACAACUCCCCGCCUGAAGAAGCCACAGAGCCCACCUCAAUUUUGGUCCCUUUCCUGCAAAAAUACUCUGAUGCUCGCAACAAAAAGCCCUCAGUGCUGAAGCUGGAGCUGAAGGAGAUCAGGGAGCAGCAAGACCUGCUCUUUCGUUUCAUGAACUUCCUGAAGCAGGAGGGGGCCGUCCACGUGCUCCAGUUCUGCCUCACAGUUGAGGAAUUCAACGACAGGAUCCUCUGCCCGGAGCUGUCGGACUCAGAGAAAAUGAUGCUUCACGAGGAGGUGAAGAAGAUCUACGAGACCUACUGUUUGGACGAGAGCAUCGACAAGAUCCGCUUCGAUCCCUUCAUCGUGGAAGAAAUACGCAACAUUGCCGAGGGCCCGUAUGUGGAGGUGGUGAAGUUACAGACGAUGAGGUGUUUGUUUGAGGCCUAUGAGCACGUCCUGUCUCUCCUGGAGAAUGUCUUCACCCCCAUGUUCUGUCACAGUGAUGAGUACUUCCGGCAGCUUCUGAGAGGGGCCGAGUCCCCUGCCAGGAACUCUAAGAUGAGCAGAAAUAGCGUCAGUCUGGAUGACAUUCGUUCCUGGGACUGGAGCCCCGAGUCCCCGUCCUCCCUGUUCACCACCUCUGGCAGCUCUUCACCUGCAUCUUGUAACUCCUUCCAUGCCCAGUCCACGUUCACAACUUUCCCAUACGGCUCGCUAACCCACCGCCACUCAUCACCGAAGAACACAUCGAAAAGAGGAGAGUCCUUUGGGAUCAGCCGCAUUGGCAGUAAGAUCAAAGGAGUGUUCAAGAGCACCACCAUGGAGGGAGCCAUGCUGCCAUCCUAUGGGCUGGUAGAGGGGGAGGAUGAUAUGGUGGAGGAGGCCAUGAUGGUGCUGGAGGAUGAUUCCCCUAUGGAGGCAGCCUGCACCCCCAGCACCCCCCGCAACCUGUCUGCCUGGAACAUCACCAUACCGUACAUCGACUUCUAUGACGACGAUGUGAAGAGGGAGAGGAUCCCCGUCUUCUGUAUAGAUGUAGAGCGCAACGACCGCAAGGCAGUGGGACACGAGACUGAGCACUGGUCUGUGUACCGAAGAUACCUUGAGUUCUACGUUCUUGAGUCAAAGCUCACUGAGUUUCACGGGUCAUUCCCAGAUGCACAGUUGCCCUCCAAGAGAAUCAUCGGUCCCAAGAAUUACGAGUUCCUAACGUCCAAACGGGAGGAGUUCCAGGAGUACCUGCAGAAACUUCUGCAGCACCCUGAGCUCAGCAACAGCCAGCUUCUGGCCGAUUUCCUGUCACCUCACAGCAUGGAGUCACAGUUCCUGGACAAGAUGUUACCUGAUGUCAACUUAGGGAAAAUCAUUAAAUCAGUGCCCAGCAAACUAAUAAAAGAGAAAGGGCAGCAUCUGGAGCCUUUCAUCCAGUCCUUCUUCAACUCUUGUGAAUCUCCCAAGCCCAAACCCAGUCGCCCUGAGCUCACUAUCCUCAGCCCCACCUCGGAAAAUGAUAAAAAGCUCUUCAACGACCUCUUCAAAAACAACGCCAACCGAUCAGAGAUGGCUGAGAAGAGACACAAUCAAAACUACUUCAUGGAAAUGAUUACAGUUGAAGGGGUGUAUGACUACUUAAUGUAUGUGGGUCGGGUGGUGUUCCACAUCCCUGACUGGCUGCACCACCUGCUGAUGGGUGGAAGGAUCCUCUUCAAGAACACGCUGGAGGCCUACACAGAUUAUUACCUGCAGUACAAACUGAACCAGGUGGUCCAGGAGCACCGGCUCGUCUCACUCAUCACCCUGCUGAGAGAUGCUGUUUUCUGUGAGAGCAGUCAGCCACGCUCUGCCCAUGACAAACAGAGGAGGGCGAAAAAGACAUUUGAGGAAAUGAUGAGCUAUAUUCCAGAUUUCUUGGGCAAAUGUAUUGGAGAAGAGGCCAAGUAUGAAGGAAUACGUCUGCUCUUCGAUGGACUCCAGCAACCUGUUCUCAACAAACAGUUGACGUACGUGCUUUUGGAUAUCGCCAUUCAAGAACUUUUUCCUGAGCUGAACAAGCAGGUACAGAAGGAGACCUCUGUGAUGGCUCCAUGGAUGUAAAGGUGAACCUUUAACAUCAGGGCCAGGCAUCAGAUAAGCCUUUACUAACCGCAGAGACACUCGCUGGUCUGGUUACCUGAAGCUAAAAGGUUUGAGCACAGGGACUCUCCUGGUUGGAGAAACCAGAUAAAGCUCAAAAGCAAGAGGAUACAUCACAAGCUUUACGGCCCUCCAGCUGUAUGUGCAAUUUACUGUGUAAAAUAAACGCUUUAUCACUACUGUACUGACAAGCUGA